AUGACUUUUAAUCCAAAAAGUAGUAGCAACAAUAAUGAUAUAUCCAAAGAUAUUACAACAACAACACCAUUAUCGCCCUCGUCGUCAUCAUCGUCGGACUUUAUUGCCUCAUCACCCAACGUUGAUGAGGCAAAAAUUUUCUAUGAAGAAGUUUUGGCCAAACAGGCAAAGGCAGCAGCACAGGCCCGUCUUUACAAUGAAAGUAAACGGCAAAUCUCAUUGGGCUUUGGCGAUAAAUUUACUGAUUUUGUUAUGAAUGAAUUCGGUCCAAUCCAAAACAAUCAGCAACAAUCGGCAACAACAACGGCAAUAGGCAACGUCAUUACAACAAAUCCUCUAAUGAUAAGCAACACCGCCACCAACAACAAUAUAAAAGUUAUCAAAACAAUAACAUCGGCGGUGGCGGCUGCGGGAGCCACAUCAUCUCUCAAAAUUGCCCAUCAAAAAUCACCGAUUAUAAUCAACAGCAGCAGCAGCAUGAAAAAGAUCUCCUCCAGCAACAACAACAAUCCUUCUCCUCUUACUACCGCCACCACCAACAACAACAAUUGUCACACCACGGGUCCAGUGCAAAUUUUAUUAACCCGCAAAGUGCUGAGCAACGAAACGCCAUCAUCAUCAACCCAAUUACUGGCAACAACGAAUCGGCUCAAUUCUCAGAGUACGGGAACAACAACAGGAACACAACACCAACAACAACUCCAUCAAUUCAGCCAAUUACCCCACAAUACAAUAAUAACCUCAACUAAACCGGGUGGGGUUAUACAAAGGCAUUCAACAUUGCCCUUGUCCAUAGCUUCAACACCCAAUGCCACCAGCUCCUCCUACUCCUCCUCCUCUGGUGGUUCCACCAUAAUCAUUAAAAAUCAAACGGAUCCUCAAGAUGAUCCCUUUGAGGAUGCUAACAACCAUGCCACCACCACCACCCCCUUAUCUCAAAUCAUAACCACUGAAGAAAUUAUUAAAAAAUUCCGCAUACCCAAGGGUAUUGCCUUGACACCGAAAUUUGCGCAUGAUUUGUCGGGAGGUGGUGGAACCACGGAAUCACAGAAUACAAAUUCCAUGGCACAAAUACCCACCACCCUAAUAUCCCCUCCCCUGACAUCCAAUGAUGAGGCUGAUAAUUCCUCCGCCUUGGUGGAAUAUGUUGAGGAAAUCUAUGAUGAUGAAGAAGAGAUGGUUAGCGAGGCCGUGGAGGGUACGGUAGAAGAAUUGGAGGAAUUACAAGAAUAUCAGGAGCAAGAAAUCCUGGAAGAUGAGGAUAUCGCGCAAGAUGAGGAAAUCAAUGGUGGAGGAGGUGUAGUAACUGUGAUCCAAGAUGAUAAUGGCUCUGGGGAUCAAAUAAUGCAUGAAAUUGUUGAAGACCAUGAUCUCAUCGAAGAAGUUGAAUCUUCAGAUCAUCAAGAUCUCCUAAUGUCUGGGGAGCCAGAGCCAGCAGAUGAAUUUAUGGGUACACCAAAUGGUACGGAAAAUCGAAUUGUUUUAAAUUCCAUCGCCAAUAAUUCACAUCCGCAACAACAAACCCAAAUCAUACAAGCUGUACAGCCCAAUGGCCAGGUGACCUGCUUCCAAUUGCCAGCCAACACAAUCCUCCUGCAAUCACCUCAGGGUGCCCUGCUGGCCACAACGGCACCACAUCCCAGCAAACCGGGUCAUCAACAAAUUGUGGCCAUACAAAGUUUAAGUAAUGUGGUGUCGGCGGCGGUACAGCAGCAGCAACAGCAGACACCACCCGCCACCACCACAGUGAUUUUGACAGCUGAUGGCCAGGCCAUACCUUUGGUAAAUAAUAACUCCAGCAAUAGCACCUCCCAUACAACGACACACUCCUCGAAUACUAUAAAUCUUGCUCAACAUGAAUCCCCCUCGCCAAAUAGUAGUUCCGCAGCGAGUGCUGAGACCGCAGCAGCAGCAUUACUUAAGGCCCAACAACAAAUAUUGGCGUAG